ACGAAAAAUUAUGAUCGUGAGAUAUGUUACCAGACGUGAUUCCUUAUCUGGUUAGAGCUUCAUGAUCUAAUGUCAGCUGUGGAUAUCAGAUUUCUAUAUUGAUGGUUCAACAGAAAGUUUUACUAUUUUCAGCCAUUUCCAACUAUUUAAAACUUGUUUGCUUUUCAACUAACAAGACAAAAUCUAAUAAGUAAUAAGUAAGGCUGAGUAAUUAGUAUAAAAAGUAUUCCCGUGGCCGAGUGGUUUGCGUCACACAUUAUUAUGUCGGAAGUUCAGGAUAUUUUCCAUCUCGUCAUUUAUGUGCCACUGCAACUCUUCGAGCGAAAUGUUAUGUGAUAUCAUAGACUUCACGAUCGAUAACGCUGAGCCACGAGACCAUACCGAAAUAAGAGAGAUAAUUCAAAACAUUCUUCACUACUCAGUCAAAACUGGUCAUCAACAUUUCCAUAAUCAGCUCUUUGCUGGUAUGGAUCCGUACGGUCUUGUCGGUAGCUGGAUAACAGAGGCAUUGAACACGAGUCAAUACACUUUCGAAGUCGGACCUGUGUUUUCACUUAUAGAAGACGCCGUCGUUAAGAAAUGUUUGCAGCUUUUUGGUUUUGGAGAUGGCGAUGGAAUUUUCUCACCUGGAGGGUCUAUCUCAAAUAUGUAUGCUAUGGUAGCUGCGAGAUUCAAGGCGAUUCCACAAGUGAAACAUUGUGGUCUAGCCAAUCAACCUACACUAGUAGCGUAUACGUCGGAAGAGGCUCACUACAGCAUCAAAAAAGGGAUUCACUGGUUGGGCAUUGGAUUGGAUAACUUGAUAAUCGUCAAGUCAGACACACGAGGUUGUAUGAUCCCGGAGGAAUUGGUGAAGUCUAUAGAGCAUGCUUUGCAUGCAGGAAAGAAACCAUUCUUCGUUAAUGCCACCGCGGCCACAACAGUACUUGGAUCUUUCGACCCGUUCGAGAGUAUUGCUGACAUUUGUCAUCGAUAUAAGCUCUGGAUGCACGUUGACGCGUGUCUAGGUGGAACCGCGAUUCUUUCGGAAAAAUACGCCCAUCUCAUAGAUGGCGUUGCCAGAGCCGAUUCGUUGGCUUGGAAUCCCCACAAGACUCUCGGAGCCCCUCUGCAGUGUUCAAUAUUUUUGUUGAAAUCCAAAGAACUGCUUCACGAGUGCAAUGCGGCGAACGCGGAUUAUCUGUUCCAGCAGGAUAAGUUUUACGAUGUGUCUUAUGAUACCGGUGACAAAAGUGUUCAGUGCGGCAGAAAAGUGGAUGCUUUGAAGAUAUGGCUUAUGUUUAAGGCCCGCGGAAAGCAUGGUUUCACUGAGCUGGUUGACAACGCAUUCGACUGUGCGCAAUAUUUCACCCGGGUGGUAGAAAAGCGACCAGGAUUUCGUUUGGUUCUAAACGCUUAUCAGUAUACCAAUGUGUGCUUUUGGUAUAUUCCCAAAAGUAUGCGUAGGGUUGGGGCGGAAGAAGAAGAUCAGAGUUGGUGGUCAACAAUUUUCAAGAUCACGACACUCAUAAAAGAGAGAUUGGUAACACAAGGUAAUAUGCUCAUUGGAUACGCCCCUCUACCACACAAGGGAAUUGGUAAUUUCUUCCGAAUGGUUGUUACCUGUCACCCGAGACCAACUUAUUCUUCAAUGCAAUUCGUAAUUGAAGAAAUACAAAGAAUAGGGGAAAUGGUUAGCACAAACAGUUGAUAGGAUCUCCAUUUAUGUGUUUAAUUAGUAUUGCGUUUUAUCUCAUAACUGUAAUACAAAUAUACUAUUGUUCGUGAUAAUAAACCCAUGGCAUUGAAA